GACGCGCGGUGGAUGCUGGGCGUGAGGCUAGCCACUCUCAAGAUGGCGGCGCUGAGGGUGGCGGCGGCGGCCAGCGGGCGUACUCUCCUCCACACGCGGCACAAGACCAUCCAUUGCUGCAGGGCCAGGAUGUCCUUUGCAAGCUUGUCCCGUGGGAAGAAGAUAGCACUGUCCACGUUAGGGGUGCUUGCUGCUGGGGGCGGUGCCCUUGCGAUCACCUUGCAUCGCUCUGUGUAUGCAGACCUGGAGCUCCAUCCUCCCAGUUAUCCCUGGAGUCACAAUGGCUUUUUGUCUGCACUAGACCAUGCCAGUGUUCGCCGUGGUUAUCAGGUGUACAAGCAGGUGUGCGCGGCCUGUCACAGCAUGGAGUACCUGGCCUUCCGGAACCUGGUUGGAGUGACUCACACAGAGGAUGAGGCAAAGGCCCUAGCAGAGGAGAUUGAAGUGUUGGAUGGACCAGAUGAGAACGGAGAAAUGUUCACCCGCCCUGGCAAGCUCUCCGAUUACUUCCCUCAACCAUACCCAAAUUCAGAGGCAGCAAGAGCAGCAAAUAAUGGGGCUCUACCUCCUGAUCUCAGUUACAUCGCUAAUGCCAGACAUGGCAGUGAGGAUUACAUCUUCACCCUCCUCACUGGAUACUGCGACCCUCCUGCUGGCAUCACUCUUCGAGAAGGCCUCUACUACAACCCCUACUUUCCUGGCCAGGCAAUUGGAAUGGCCCCUCCUAUUUAUGAUGAAGCUGUUGAAUUUGAGGAUGGGACUCCAGCCACGAUGAGUCAGAUUGCCAAGGAUGUGUGCACCUUCCUGCGCUGGAGCUCUGAACCUGAACACGACCAGCGGAAACGCAUGGGCUUGAAGGUGCUAAUGUUUUCAGCUCUGCUUUUCCCAGUUCUGUACUACAUGAAGAAGCACCGAUGGGCUGUUUUAAAGAGCCGAAAGAUCGCCUACAAACCUCCUCAAUAACCCCUGGAACCAGGGAUACUUCAACUCCAGGAAUAACUGAUCAUUACAUUCUCCGUCAUUAUGGAUGUGGUCUGGACUUCACUUCAGGGGCAGGCGGGUGGGGAGAAACAAAAUAAUGUGAACGGUUUCAGAUCAAUGGGAGAUCAGAUGGGCCGUGGGUCUGUUGUAAACUCCUGAGAAUAGCAGGUGAGUUGCUGACUGGGUGGGUGAUCCACAGACAGGAUGUUGCAUGACUCUGGUCUGUCUUUAGUAUUUGUAAAGGGGGGUUUUUAAAUAAACUUGGAACGACAGCA